AUGUGAUGGAACCGAUUGUUUACCAUCUCCUAUUUUAACAAUAGUAACGUAAAUCAAGCCCGAAUCCUUGAUCAAACUGGCACAUCAAACGAAAAUCUGGACGGGGAGCAUUUAUCUCCAAGAAAUCGUGUGUAUUAGCAAGCUCCUUCGUUGAAUCCGAGCACCAGCACCAUCAGCAUGGAUGCCCCACGGAGGUUUGUUGAUUGCAAUCAAGGCAGCGUGAGCGUAUCGAAUGGCAAUGCUGUGAAGGGUGAAGAAAUAGCAGCAAUGCUAAUGCAGGUGGCAGAGAAAACGGACCGGUGCUGGAACUUCGAUCUACAACACUACCUGACGCUGUACCAAAUGACCAGAUUGGGGAAUGUCAACUUUCCGGAAGCUGCCAUGCUGGUUUCAUGUGCCGCACAAAUCUACGGUCGAAAGGUCGACUAUUUAAGCGACAUCGUCGUGCAUAUGAACGACGAUCAAAAGGCACGGGAAAAGAAAACGCAGGAGGAAGAAAAGAGCAAAACGGGUGAGCAGGGCGAACCAUCGAACAAGACGCCAGGUCGCAAGCGUGCUGGACGUUUCAAUCCCCAAUCACUGUCGGAUUGUUUUGGCGAUUUGGAAUUUGCGUGCAAUGACAAGAAACUGCUAAAGCUGGAAUCGCUCGUCCAAGUGGUACCGCCCGUCACCGUGGACAGUCGAUCGAAAGUGCAACAAAUGCAAGAACUAUGCAUGGAACUACGGACGAAUCCAACUCGACAACGGAGGCAGGAAAUACUGAACAGACUGCGCGAUGACGCCUCGAUCGCUCCGAUAAUGUCAAGCAAUGGCUCUGCGCGCAAAAAUCAAAUUGCCGAUCUCGAAUCGGGUGAAGCAAUUGGCACACGGUACGACUAUCAGAUUCAUUUGAACUAUAUCGAUGGACGCACCGGGUCUCUGAUAGCCGAGCAUGACCUGAAGCGCUUCUUCCAGCGGUGCGAUGUGAUCGAUUUUUUGGACGAACAGCACGAAACGGAGCGGGCAAGAUGCACCAGCCAGGGCAUGCCAGCACCGAGCGAACGGUUGUGGCAGGCAGAGCGUGGGAUAAAACUGUUCAUGCCACCGGAGUACCUUAACAAUCGCUACCGCAUCAAGGUGAACGAUACGUCCGACUUUGACAACGCGCUCAUACAGGCCCGUGUUACUAACUACAACUCCGAUCCGAUCCUCUCCCUGAUGGAUCAGUCGCUGCGGGCAGAGCAAAUGGCUAUCGAAACUGCUGCACGAUAUGAUACGGCGGUGCAAGCGUGCAGCACGCAGGACGAUUCCGACAUUGGCAACGAUGAGGCCAUCAACGAAAAAGAUCAUGAAUUUUCUUUAAACGGAGUACUAUCAUCUACGCGUACGGAUGAUUCUGGGCUCGAGUUCAGCCAUAUUGCAAACACGACGGAAACAUCCAUGUUGUCACAGCACUCGCAGCAACAAGCGUCCCACGAAAGUUCCACCGAAGGUGUCCAGCUGGAAGAUUCUUCGAUGAAGGAAACAGUACACAGCACAAAGCAGCUUAAUGCAGUAUCACGGCUAAGCGUGGACGAAGGUAUCGGGGUGGACUGUGAAUCGUCAACACCCCGGACGACGUUGGUGAACCUGACGGAGGAAAACAUUAUCCGGCCCAGGAUGGUAAUGUUCACCCAAGGAAUCGUUUUCCCCCGACCGCCGGAUGUAUUGCGACCGGGAAAGUUAGUUCAAAACAUGUUCGGUAUUCCGGAAGAUCUCGUUUUGAAGAAUGUCCCCUUCACACUGACGAUGGAAUACCGGAAGCUAAAAACAGAUUUUGUGAAACGACGCGAACGGGAACGGGCCAAUGAGCUAAGUUACGUAAAGUUACACAGUUUAAAACCGACAGUCGAUUCGAAGUUACGGCCUUCAACACCCGAUCAAGAAGAAGAUUUUCUUGGUUUUGACGAUGACACGGAUCAAACACCCGUGAAGGUGGUGAAUGCUAGGAAAACGAAAUCCACCCCGCCAAGCAGCGAAUCUUCCCCGGUGAAACAAAGACGACCAUCCACACCCGGUGAACAAGGCUUCGCAGGUUUCGAUGAGGAAGAAAUUCUUGCUACUCGCAAAGUGGUCGCGGGAUUGAUGAAACGAUUGCCGGACAAACCGCAGCCAGCGUCCAGUCCAUCGAAGCGAACAAACGGAUCGUUACAUGGUACACCAACUCGAACGCUGUCCUGUGAUUCUGGUAUUUCGGAUACGAUUGAGCGAACUGGUAGACAACCGUGUGCGGAACCUAUGGAGAACUCGCUGCUCGAAUCGAUCGAAGAAAAUGCGGAAAAUAGUGACUGUGAGUUCCCUCCGAACGGUGCAGCACAGCCGAAAGCGUUAUCGCACCAGGCACAACCAUCACAACACCACACGGACGCAUGUAACGCGCGGAUUGAAGAAAAAAUGAACGAAGCUAAGGAACGGUUCGACAAAGUCAGCCAGUGGCACCGGAAUCUGAAGCCAAUACUAAUGGAAUCGGAAAAGCGCACACACUUCGACAUUCACGCUUACGGCACGGAAAUUAUCGACACGUUCGAUCCGACCGUUCCGAUUGGCGGUGAAUCCAUUACGCUCGAACGGGUGCUACAGAACAAACCGCCCAACAGUACGGCACGGUUCUUUCUUUCCGUGCUAAUGCUGGCAAACACGAACAACAUCGAAAUCAAUAACCGUAAUCGGGAUCCACAUCGAUUGUCGGCAGCUUCGGAGAUAGAGUUGCGGCUGCUUAGUCGCAAACGACAUCACAAAGAGCUGGAAGCGCUCGGUGAACUAUUACCGACGCCCUCGUCGAAGGAUUCCGAUGCGGUCACUGGGCGCAGUCGGGAAAAUCGCCAAAACCGCAAACGAAAACAGCUGCAACAAGAAUCGGAACAAAUUGAGCAUGAGGACCAUCAGCGUGGUGAAACCAGUCGGGAAGAUCCUUCCAGUCGUGUCGGUGCGCUGGAUGGACUGGAAGGAUGUGACGAUAGUGCGAGCUUCUUUGACAAUGUGCAGGAAGUGUAUGCGCAGCUGAACGAUGAGCGUUCACAGCACAAACGGAAAGCGUUCCGCAGAGGAAUGAGAAACUGUGCCUAUGGGUUGAACGACACGAGAAGAAAUUCGCAGGAUGGCGGGGAACCACCAACUGUCGCGCAGCCGGUUACAACAGGCGGUGGAAAAGCAGCACCAUCCGACAAUGGGUGCCAAACGGUUGAUAAUCCACCGUCCGAUACUGUACAGCGAACCGAUGUCUGUCCGUCACCGAUAAUGAUGGAUGCUGGUGAGGAUCUACUGUCCGUUGAUCUGCUGACUAACCAAGCGACUCUCGUACCUGUUGCUAUUAAUCCCGUGACGUAUGCAAAAAGUGUAUUUUCUUUGGCAGAAUCCGGUUAUGAAUCGAUGAUUAGCUUAGGGGACGACGUCUAG